AUGUCUCGUAAAACUAUCUCUAGUGUUGUGAUCGCUGGUGGCACCGGACGUCUCGGUCCUUCAACCAUCAAACACCUCCUCAAAAACGGCUUCAAAGUCAGCGUGCUUACUCGCAAUCCAUCUUCGGCAAAGCUCCCACCGAAAGUCGAUGUCAUCGGAGCAGACUACACAUCAGUCGAGACUCUAACGCCAAGUCUCGUAGGCCGCGGGUUCGAUGCCAUUGUCAUCAUGCUUAACCGCCUCGCCUAUGAUGCCUCUGUUGUUACGAUGCAAGCAGCCGUCAACGCUGGCAUAUAUCGAGCCAUUCCAUCGUUCUUUGGUGUUUCGCUUGAGAACCCUGAGAUAGCCAACAUGCCCUUCAUGAAGACUAAACUUCCCGUUCUGAACGAUGUUUUGGCAAAGGCUGAGAAAGGCGAGAUAACAUACACGGGCAUCAAUACCGGCAUGUUUCUCGAUUGGGUACUUGAUGAAGACAUCUUCGUUGGGCUAUCAGGCAAGGCACCAACUCGUGUUGCAGACGGUGGUGAUAUUCCGAUGUCUGCUACGACGCUCGAUGACAUCGGCAAGGCCAUUUCCGCUGUCCUCUCAAACCCUGAAGAGACCGUCAACAAGUUGUACUAUAUACACACUGUAGUCAUGACGCAGAAUAAGGUAUUGGGAUAUGCUCAUGAGGCUGCUCCCGAGGCUGAAUUUGCUGUUGAACAAGUUGAUACGAAGGCACUUGUCGAGGCUGCGUGGAAGCGUUACAACGAAGGGAUAAGAGACCGUAUCUCAGUGAGGGAUUUUGUCAUAAGAGCGAGUUAUGGCAUGGGAAAUGGAUUCUUUCCAAAAACUGAUAACGAGUUUCUGGGGAUUAGACAGUGGAGCGAUGCGGAGCUGAAGGAAGAGAUAUUCAGGCGAGUGAAGGCUAAUCAACCUGUUAUUCUCAAGGCUCCAGAAGAGUAA